GUGCUUUUGAUGGUCACAUUGUUUGGUGAUUCAGCGUUCGCAUCGAAAAGGGAACGGUUGGUGUGGUGUUGGUGCGAUAAUCAUACUCACCCCAGUGCAGUAAAAGUUUCCCAUAAUUCGAGCGGUUGGUGAGUUUCAGUUUGCAUGGCGCUGUGCAGUUCAAUAAAAUUGCUAGAAAAUAUGUCAGCAAUCCUGAGUGAAAAAUUUUGACAGACUCGUCCAUUCCAGUUCAGUCAGUACGGUGCGUGAAUUUCAGCUUGAAUCGUGUGAAUUGCGGAUCGGUCCGGAUUCUCAUGCAAUAUUGGUGCCGAUUUGUGCUACUAGAUGUGAAAAAAAUUGCGAGGGAUGAAAGUUCUGUGAUUAAAGUGUGCUAACCAGUAGGAUUGGUAUUGUAAUUAGCCUAUCUAUACGGGCAAAGUGAAGCAAAAGUUGAAUCCAUGUGGAAAAUCUUGCUUGCUGAGGUGUGAAAACAGAUUGUCUCGUGGGAAAUAGUGAUACAGACAGUGCACAUUUCUUAUCGAUGAGCUGAAAGCGAAUAAGUGGUGACACGAGGCAGCCAAAGACAGGCUGAUGUAGUUUCGAAAGCUAGCAAAAUUUAGAUUUUUUUUAGGACAAGGGAUACAAAAACCAGAACACUGCAUGCCGCUGUCCUUUGAAAUCAUGCAAAAUACCAGGUUCUGCACCAAUAUGGUUUUUGUGUGAUUGACAAGUAUUGAUAAAAGCGGCAGAAUUAUCAACUAAUAAAUCUUGGAAACCGAGAAAAUCGAUUGCGCGAUACGUCCUUGGCACAUACAUAAAGUAGCAGGAAAAGAAUAGAAUAAAUAAGAAUAUCCAGCGUAAAAUCGAUGAAAAAGUAAUAGCCGAACACAUUGGCAAACACCUCAGCCAUCUGUCGUUAUCGGGACUAUCGUGAAAUGCGCCUUCCGUCGUACGCUGCUAGGAUCGCUGGGCACUAUUUCGUCCGGAGAUAGCAUCGCUACACUGAAGUACCUAUAUUUCGCUGAUUACAAGCACCCAUAAUCGUGGGUUCCACCCUCAUUGUCACCUUCAGUAUAACGUCGCACCGGCAGAGUAGUCACAAUUACUUCAGUUUGAUUUCCCGUACAAAAAUCACGAGAGCCAAACCUCCCUGACCUCCGCUCAGUGGCGAGGUUUACGUGGUUUACGUCCACUGUCAGAACAGGGAGAAAAAAAAUUAUGCCACUUGAAACCAGCGAUCAUCCCACUCCUGUACCUCCGAGCCCAUCGCCGAAGGAUGUUCCGGAUCAAGCCAACGGCUACCAGGAACUGUACAGUUCGAUUCGGAGCAACAAAUCCGUCAAAUCGAAGAUGUCCGGUAAUUCACUGCGAUACAGCCGUGACAAAGAGAAACAUUACGCUGAUGGAAUGUCCACGUUGGUGGAGUUGCUGAAGGAAACCUCUCAGGCAUCCGUACACGACAUUCUCAAUGAUGGCGACGAGGAUCAAAUGUUCAUUACUGGCUACGAAAAAUCUGCUACCCAAACGUUCUUCUGCUACAUCGGCUAUUUUCUAACGCUGGGAAUUCUCCGGCUUGUGAUGCACUGGUGGCAGCACUGGCUCCUGCUGGCAACUCAUCGAAAGUGUUCGCUGGAGGUUGCUCAGAAAGUGUUGGUACACGAACGCUAUCAGGGAAAACAUGAUGCCUAUUACGUCAAGAGCGUCGUCACGUUGGACUCGGAUGCGAUUAAAGAACUUAUCUCCGAUGGUAAAAAAAUUUCCCCGAACGGCGAAAACAUCAUCAAAGAGUUGCAGCAAAUUGGAAUCACCAACCGGGUCGAAUUCUUCAACCUGUGCAAUCCAUUUCAGGUGGCAUUCCAUCGACGGGGAGGAAAGUUCGAACAUGUGAGUUCGAUCCGCUUUUUCACGUGCAAGAAACUGCGUUACAUCUGGAACAGUGAAUCGAAGCGCUUCCUGAAGCUAACGGGAUUGGAUGUAGACGUGCCGAGUGUGGUACUGCAUCACAACAAAGGCCUGUCGCUGUACGAGCAAAGCAUCCGCCGACUGGUGUAUGGUAGCAACGAGAUAUUGAUUCCGCUUCGGGGUGUACUUACGCUUCUGUUUCUGGAGGUCCUGAAUCCUUUCUAUGUGUUUCAAAUUUUUUCCGUGUGCUUGUGGUUCGCGUACGAUUACUACUACUACGCUACGGUUAUUCUACUAAUGAGUGCCUUCGGGAUUUCGCUAUCCAUAAUUCAAACGCAGAAAAAUCAGAAAGCUCUGUAUUCAACGGUGAAGAGCAGUGAUACGGCAACGGUUUUGCGAGAUGACUGCGAGCCGGAGCAAACAGAAACGCGCCUCCUGGUUCCAGGCGACAUCGUGGAGAUUCCAGCUAACGGAUGUACGAUGCAAUGCGAUGCAGUUUUGAUUUCGGGAAACUGUAUUCUCGAUGAAUCGAUGCUGACCGGAGAAAGUGUUCCGGUAACGAAAACUCCAUUACCCUUGAAGCGUGAUCUGUACUACGAUAAGAAAGAACACGCUCGACAUACUUUGUUCUGCGGAACAAAAAUCAUCCAAACACGAUACAUUGGCAGUGAGAAGGUUUUGGUGAAAGUCAUAAACACGGGGAAUAUUACCGCUAAAGGUGGUCUGAUUCGAUCAAUUCUUUAUCCUCCUCCAGUGGAUUAUAAAUUCGAAAAGGAUUCAUACAAAUUUAUCAUGGUGCUAGCCUUUGUCGCCGGAUGUGGUUUCCUCUACACGGUCAUUACGAAGGUACUGCGUGGAAUAACUGCUCUGAAAAUUAUUGUCGAAUCACUGGAUCUCAUCACAAUUGCUGUUCCUCCGGCAUUGCCGGCUGCAAUGACCGUUGGGAGAAUGUAUGCUCAGAAGCGUUUGAAGAAGAACAACAUUUAUUGCGUUUCACCCCGGGCAAUCAAUGUUUCCGGCAGUAUCGAUUGCGUAUGUUUCGACAAGACGGGAACACUCACUGAAGACGGACUCGACAUGUGGGGCGUAUUACCCAAGGAUACUACGAACUGUUUCCAGAUCCCGCUGACACAGGUUACCAGAUUGCCAAUUACUGAGCACCUGUUGAGUGGUAUGGUCACGUGUCAUUCGAUAACCUUCGUUAACGGGGAGAUGCGUGGAGAUCCGCUCGAUUUGAAGAUAUUCGAAUCUACGGGUUGGAUACUGGAAGAGGCAAACGUUUCCGAUGAAACCAAGUAUGAUUUAUUGUUCCCGACGAUCGUUAAGCCUCCGAGGGUAGAUCCGGACAAUAACACGAGCUUGGAGCUCGAUGUCGCAUACGACAAUUCCAACGAUAUCGGUAUUGUGCGGGAGUUUUCUUUCACUAGUGCACUGCAGCGAAUGUCGGUUAUCACUAGGAAGUUGUCGGAUAAUCAUUUCAACGUGUACGUCAAAGGUUCACCCGAAAUGAUCAACAGUUUGUGUAAACCGGCGAGUAUUCCGGAAGAUUUUACUAGUAAGCUCGGGUACUACGCCCAUCAAGGCUAUCGGAUAAUUGCAAUUGCCUACAAAUCGUUAGACAAAAAGAUGAACUAUUCGAAGAUCCAGAAGGUAUCGCGGGAGAAGAUUGAGUGUGACUUGGAAUUUUUGGGCUUUGUGAUAUUGGAAAAUCGGCUCAAAGCGGACACGGAAGAAGUGAUUGAGAGUUUGAAUAAGGCCAACAUUCGUUGCGUUAUGGUAACGGGGGAUAACUUAUUGACGGCGGGCAGUGUGGCGCAUGACUGUGGAAUGGUUAUGCCCGGGCAAAGCCUGGUAACACUGACGGCGCAUUUGGACAAGAACAGUUCUGGCAAGUAUUUUUUGACUUACGAUGUGACCGGUCAAAAUCCGCUUACUCAGUCAGAUAUCCUGAACGAUAACAAGGUUAGCGGGGGGGAUAAGCGAAACGGAAACUAUACACUCAUGACCCAAUCGAAUAGUGUAAGCAGCUGCGAAACUAUCGAUACAUGCACGUUGUCAACGCAGUUGAGUGGUUUUGAAAAGGAUGGCCAUCAUAUCACAAUCGAGGAGGAAAAGGAUACAUCUGUGACAGUUGAUGUGACGGCAAAAGGAGCUUCAUUUAGAUUCGCUUUGACCGGGAAAACAUGGGCUGUCAUCAAGGAACACUUCCCGGAGGUGGUGCCUACUAUUUUAACUUUCGGAACCGUAUUUGCAAGAAUGUCUCCAGAUCAGAAACAACAUUUAAUAAGUGACCUUCAAAAUCUGGGAUAUUACGUAGCCAUGUGCGGUGACGGAGCCAAUGACUGUGGAGCAUUGAAAGCUGCACAUACGGGAAUUUCUUUAUCGGAAGCGGAAAGUUCGGUCGCAUCUCCAUUUACAUCGAAAAAACCAACGAUCGCCUGUGUACCGACGGUUAUCAAGGAGGGACGCGCUGCGCUGGUUACUUCAUUCGGAAUCUUCAAAUACAUGGCCGCCUAUUCACUGGUUCAAUUUGCAUCGGUAUUAAUCCUCUAUUCAAUCGAUUCGAAUUUAACAGAUUUCGAGUAUCUUUAUAUUGAUCUCUUCAUCAUAUCGGUAGUAGCGUUCUUCUUUGGAAAGACCUCCUCAUACGAUGGUCCACUAGUCAAGCAAGUUCCGUCAAACUCGUUGAUAUCGUUGAGUCCGUUGCUUUCCCUGGCUCUACAUCUUAUCGUGGCUCUAGGUUUUCAGGUUGCUGGCUGGUACCACAUACAAGCUCAACCCUGGUUUACACCAUUCAAUUAUACUGAAGAGUUGGCCCUCAAUGACCUUGGAUGCUACGAAAACUACGCUAUAUUCUGCAUCUCCUGUUACCAGUAUAUCAUCCUAGCUAUAGUUUUCUCCAAAGGAGCACCCUAUCGCAGAUCAAUUUUCUCUAACUACGGGUUUUUGGCUAGCAUCAUAAUCAACACAAUCAUAUCCAUCAUCCUGACGGUAUAUCCUCCGGUGUGGCUCAGUGAUCUAUUCCAAUUGGUCAUACCCGAAGAGGACAUUAUUUUCCGAGUCUACCUGGUCGGUUAUGGAUUCGCCAACUUUUUGAUAGCACUAUUCAUCGAAAAGUACAUCAUCGACAUCCUGGCGUUCAAAAAGCUGCGCUACCGAUGGCACAACAUUGCCAAGUCCCGGCGCAAGUACUUAAUGAUCCAGCACAACUUUCGCAGUGAGGUUCAAAUGCCGAGUGAUUUCAAAACGGUGCUUGGCUGGUCCAGCGAGAAAUAUGAUUACUGACAACUCCUCCGACGAGUGGCGAAGCUGGUGGCAGUGUUCACGUCGGACGACGGUGACGGUCGUUGGCCGAUGAGAUAUUCAAGUUUUGCGAAUGCAAAUACUCGGUAGCGACGACCACCACAAGGCGACAAAAGCUAACCCCUGAUUGCAUGCUUUUCCUUCACGUGUUGUACUGUGCACACUGCAAACAAAAAAACAGAAGCAAACUGCCAUUGUGUUUUAGAUUUUUUUUUGCAGGUUGAGUUUUUCGAUGUGUGUAGGAUUGCAUUAAUCAAUUAAUUGUGAAAUAUAGAAUUGUAAGUGCCAUAAUUGUAUUACAUUUGGUUAAGAUCGAAGAUAAAGUAAAAGUUUCGAUUUGAAGUCAUGGAAAACCCGAAAGAGCUUUUCCGAAGGGGUAGUGUGCGAGAAACCAGAGAAGAUAACAAAUACAGGAAUACUAGCGCUGUGCAGAAUCAGAUUUAAAGCAUGACAAUAAUCAAAAUUUGUAUAAAUUAAAUUGUUUUAAAAAUGAUAAUAAUCAAAUUGAAUUGGUACUGGCAUACAGAUUAGAUGUUUCUAAAAACUUGUCUCUCGCUUCUACGUUCAGAUUCACAUGAGCUUCGUGAAGGUUGGGGGGUGUUCAACUCAAAAAUGAUUCAAAUGUUAAAGUUAGUAACUAGUUGUGAUAGAUUUCGGGAAUAAUUUUGACUCUUGAUUAAAAUUUCAGCAUUUUGAUAAUUAUUGUCUAUCGAUGGAAAGUUGAUAACAAAUAAUAUAAUAAUUGAAAAAUAAAAACCAUACGAUAGACUUACUUUGACGGAGAAUGUAUUUUUAUGUAUUGUUAGGGUUUUGAAUUUGACGGAUAUGUUGAAAAAUCAAUUACAAAGAAAUGAUUUUAACAAAAGCUCUAAAUCUUUGUUGCAAGAUUGCGGGGGAGAGUGUUCGGUUACCGGCUUCUUUUUAUUUUAAGCUUGUAAAUUCUGUGUUUACAUUUUGCGGACAUAUAUACAUCAAUGGAAAGCUAAAGUCCCUAGCUAUCAAUUGAUUUAGAAACUAAGUUGAUUCAUUUAAUUGAAAAAAAACCUUUAUUAUCAAUUUAGUAAAGCGAUAAAUUUUAGCUAUUUUAAAAAAGGUGUUCGAUUACCGGCACCCCAAGAAAUUUCGCUAAAAAUGAUUUGGCCGGUCUUCCACGUUUUUUCUUAGUCGGAGCAUCUGCUGUAUGAGUUGCUAGAUGUUUGGCCAAAACUUUGGCAUGCGUUGUCUCUCUGUAUCUCCGCAUAUCUCUGACGAUUUUUCACGAUUUGUCGAAAAAAAUGUGGUGGUGGUAGACAUUUUGAAAAUAACAAAAAAAAACUUUGGUUGCGAAAAAUUUGGUAGCACAGUAAAAAAGUACAAGCGUCUGUUUGCUGUGGUAUUCGGUACAAUAAGAACGUGUUGCUAUUACACACACAUGACAUUUGUCGGAAUGACGCUAUAUGCUUUCUGUCAAAAGUUACCGAACACUUCCGCCAACCGAAGAUCUUACCCUAUUACAAUUUCUACAGAUUUUCGUAAUAUUUCCUAAAAACUGAGAUGUUUCAUCAAGUUUUUUACAGAUUUUAGUGCACUCAAUGUGACGGAACAGCAGAGAUGCCAGGUAAAAAUUUCUAAUAUCUUCAGGCAGGGAUGCAAAAGAUCAAAAAAUGUGUUCAGGCUUUCAUUUCUUUAUAAACUAUAAACACAAAACUGGCUUGGUGAAAAAAAAACAUUGCGUUCAAUUUAAAAUUCUGCUAGACAUAGCUGCCUUGUUAUAGACACAACUCUAAAACGCAGUCAGACAAGAUAGAACGUACCAAGUCAGACAUGGUAGAACGUAACAAGGUUCAGAGAGUGGCGAAAUGGUAGCGAGUAUGCACGGAAUACAUAAGAACGCAGGUUCGAGUCCUGUCUCUGAGCGUAUCUUUUUUCCAAUUAAGCAUCUUUUCUGUUAAGUUUUUCAUUCAUUUAGCUUCUCCAAUAUAAGUUUCCACUCAGUCAUUGCAAAAAUUGAACUCAUGGCGGCUUCACGUCAAACCAACUGAAAAUUAAUAAAUCGUUAAAAAUUAUUUCGUUAAAACAUAUAUUUGAUCAAAAUUAAUAAAUUUUUAGUUGGUAUAACAUUUGUCUAAAUAAUUUCAAAUGGUAAAUAAUUGCAUUUUAUAAGGCGAGAAGAUUGUCAGACUGUAUAACUAUGGCAACAGUUGUCGCGAGGGAUGUAUUAUUUAUAACAGGGAGCAACCGGAAUAGAAAAAUAUUUUUCAGGAAAAGGAGCCAGUUGUCAAAUUACUAAUUAUCUGUUAAAUUAUAACUAUAAGUUAAAACAAUUCCCGAAGUGGGUCGCAGCCUAAGUAAACAAAAUUUGAUCCGUUUUAUUUUUGCGAAAGAAAAUAUGCUUUAGUGAUUCAUCACAAAAAUAUCGAUCAAUCAAUCGUUUUCAAUCAAAUCCUACUUAUACUGUAAACCAUUUUGAUAAUUGAAUUUUAUAUUCGACAAGCUGCUAUCGAAAUCGAAGUUCCAUUCAUGAAACGAAGCUUCAAUUCAUCUCAUAUGCAGUUUAUAGAAAUGUUCAAAACAUACCUUGCUCCGUCUGCAAUAUCCCUUCAAUCACAGAUCAAUCAAUAUACCUAAGAAGCGGGUCAUUUCGUCAAAAGCUAUGUGCUGGCUGCCGACUCAAUAUUUUUUCAUUCGGCUUGGUAGAUACACCAAACAUUCGCAUGGUAGAUACGCCAAAAAAUGCUUUGAUGUUUAGUAACUAAUAAAGUCAAUCGCCAGAAUUAAAAUAAUCAAUAGAGUAUUUCUGAUUUGAACGCGGAGAAAUGAAUUUAUUCCUUAUUUUACUAUCGAAAAAAUCUUUCAUUCGUCUUUAAUUUGAAUCAAUUCCAAUGCGAUAUUAGGACAAUUGUACGAUUCGGCGAAAUAACCCUUCCGUCGAAAUGAUCCUGCCCUAACAACGAUGGAAAGAACGGGAAAAAUUGAAAUGUAUCAAUAAAGUGACCAAUAGACUCAACAACUUUCCAGCCUUCACGGGGUUCUUGUCUGUCACAUUCCUUGCGUCUAAUCAACCUUACGCUAGGUAUCACCCCGAGAUGAAAUUCAAACGAACGUCUUCUUCAACUUGCAGGAACGAUCUAGUACGCGAAGCACAUUAUUCCAACAAACCGUAUUUAUGUGCACACUUGGUGGAAGCUAGUAGACAUCAAAUUAGGUAAAAUUUUGAGAGCACAGCAGCACCUCGUGCAUAUAGCGCAUCUUAAGGUAGUUUUUAAUUGACAGCUGCUGCACGCCUCUCCGACUUUCUUAAAAGAGUAUUGAAGAUCUCUAGUAAGGGAACAUUAACUUAUACAAAAUUGUGAAGCAUUCGUGGUGUUGGUCAAGAAUUCAGUUAGCAGCAAACGACCAUAUUUAAAAAUUUUUAAAUAUCGUGUCCUAGUGCCGUUGGUUCAGCAUAGAAGUGAUCUCUCACGUAGUGAUUAAUCACGAAACGACAAAAUGGCAUACUUAAAAACUCUAGCACAUUGAAUUAUUUAGCUCUAUAGGGACAUCAGUUAAUAAAAUUAUUUAUCAUCUCUGCCGCUUUGAUGUUAUGAUUUAAAUUAGCAUAUUUAUCCUAGGCAGCUUGUUGAUAGAAAACGUAGUAUACAAGAUCGAAUUAACAACUAGAUCAAGGAUCAAUUGAUCAAGUAGAUGAAUUAAACGGAACGACAAACUGUUUGAUUUUUCUACACAGUUCCAAUCGCAUUCUUUUCGAACAGUCACCGUUCACUCGUCGAAUUGUGCAACCGCAGUUCAGAGAUAGCGAUUGAGUUUUCCUAUCGGUUUGAUGUUUGAUUACAUGCAUGAAAAUGGAUAAAAAAAAGGAAGAUUAAAAAAAUCAAUCUAGUAUACAAUCGAUAUUUAGUCAAAUCGUACUUGAAGAGAAAGAUGUAUCUCUGCUGAAAUUGUAACAAAACUGUGUACAUAUACCGGGAAAUAUUUUACAAGAAAUAAAGGUUAUCAUUAUAUCACAAAA